UCGUCGCUGCUUCCGCUGCUUGUUGCAACACCAGCAGAAGAUCACAAAGCUUCCGGUCGCUCUUUCGCCCGGCGGAUAGCUUCUUCAGCCCUAGAUCUCUAGUAAGUACGCUCCUUCCCUCGUCGCCGACCAUUUCACUCAAUCUCAUCUCCUUGCAAUUGUUCAAGACGCCAAAUCUUUUCCCUUUAGCACAAUACCCAUUAUCCAUCACCCCAAGAUAAUCCAAUCCCAGCAACAAAAUACACCAAGCUUCAAGCCCAUCCCCAAGGCUAGCCCAAUCAUCAUACUCCUUUCCUUCCCCAUACAAUAAAUACCCCCUUCCCUUCCCAAUCCUGCCCAUACAGUGCAACUCGCCCAUAAACAUCCACACUGCACCAUUCACACCACAACCCCGUCGGGAUAGUACCAUGGCCCACCGUGCUUUCCGCAGGGGCAACUCCAUCCCCUCAACAUCCGUACUUAUACCCUCCCCCCCAGCCCCCCUCUCUGACCAAGUCCAAUCUCCAGUCUUGCCAGUCGAAACCGCCGAGAUGUGCUUCGUCGAGUACGUCGGCUACACCUGCGGACACACCAGCGUCCCCGUCAUGCGGCCCUGCCCCAUGACCACGCAGAUGCACAACAACCCCUGCUGCCCGCACCCAGCCUGCCGCCCCAUGCUCCCCGCGACCAUGUGUCCGGCCUGCGGCCGCAUCCUCCACGGCCGCUUCAUCGACAUCAUCGAAUACGAGCACCGAUUCAUGCACGAGCGCGGGGCCUGCAGCUGCGACAUCCGCUUUCCGCACCUGCAACAGCCGCGCAUGGUCACCCGUAGCGGAAGCGGAAGCGGAAGCGGCUCCGGCUCCGGCCGCGGACCCACAUUCGGCAUUAGCGACAACCCGGCCCUCAGCUUCCCGGCAACCGCGCAGAUGGACGGCUCCCAAUUCUCCUUCUCGCCGUCCGCCGCUGCGUUCACGCCAUCUGCCGAUCCGAGCCCAUACUCGCAGUAUGCGCAGCCCUCGACCUCCAGCGCCGCUGCCAACAUCGCAGCAGCAACAACUCUUCCUGCCGGCAUGGCUAAUGUCAGCAUUAGCACGCCUUCCGACGUUCGUAGCGCCAGCCCUGAGAUGCCUAGCCGGCAGCGCCACGGCAAGGGCAAGCGAUGGAAGGGCAAAGGACGCGGUAGGGAUCAGUCCUUCUACCAGAACAAUCGCCAGCGUCGCCGCGCCUCGACCUCCGCCACGCCCCGCAACGGCCCCGGACUGCCGCCCCUGUUCGAGGAGAGGGAGCACAACUCGUCCAGACGCCUCAGCGUAUCGGUCCGCAUGCUGAGCCUCUACGGCGCCGAGUGGACACGUGACCAUGCCGAGUUGCACCGAGCCGGCCGCUGCUCAUGUGACAUCACGUUUGAUCGCUAUACCGGCCGCUCGGAGAUGCGUGAAGAGAUGUCCGCUGCUGCGACUGCUGCUAGGAGCAACAACGACAGCAACAGCAACAGCAACAGCAACAGCAGCGGUAGUAUGCCCGCAAUCCAGUAUGGCCCGAACGACGCUCGUCGAUACAUCAACGAAGACGAGAGCGCGAACACCUUGCCCACAAACAACUACGACGCCAACAAUGGUGCCAGCACCUCCGGCUUCCAGAGCCCCGCCGCAUCAAGCUUCGCGCCCAGCUUCGCGCCCAGCUUCCAGCCGCCUGUGGACCAGGCAACGCCGCCGUAUCUGCACAUUUCCGACACCGUUCAUCAAUACUGGGCUCCCCACACCACGCAAUCCGCACCUGUCACUCCCGUCGCUCCCGGUCAGCCCGCCCGUUGGGCCUGUAGUCCCUAUGACACGUCCGCGAUGCAGGGUCAGGGACAGCAAUCCCAGCAGCAGCAGCAGCAGCACGGCUACAACGCCGCCUCAUCCGGACCCCCGAUUUUCCAUAGCGCUAUCAGCCACCCCAUCGACAUGCAGACCAUCUACUACGAACCAGAGGGCACCCCUAUUCUCGGCCUACCCGUCGGCGCGGGCCCCGAAGGUGACUCUCACAUGCCUCCCUUCGAGAACUGCGAGUUGUACUACCCCAAGCUUUCCCCGGAGCAGCGUCCGGCAUCUCACUAAGGAUACCAGAGAUAUCACAUCUCGCACAUCAUCUUAACAUCCGACACCACAUUGUCGUGAUCUGCACCUACAUACGAGCUUUCGCCAUUUCGGCAAUAUACCACCUACUUGCUGCAAUGUUGCUUGACGUAGGAACGAUAAACCAGUGACAAAUUUUCACUGAACAGCUCGGCUACAGAAAGGAGACACGAACUGUAAGGAGAGAAGAGAGGACGAUAA